AGCAAGAAGUUAAUAUUGUUUACGUUAGUGAUAAUGAAUAUAGUGGACCAACCAGCGCCCGAAGUUGUGAUCGAGCAAGGAAUUUUGAGCGGUAAAAUAAGCGCAGAUGGGACCACUUUUGAAUACGUCGGUAUUCCUUACGCGACUUUGAACAGCAGCAUCAGGUUUCAGGCUCCUGGUCCACCGCCAAAAUGGGAAGGUAUUUAUAAAGCAAUCUACGAAAUAUAUGAAUGUCCACAAUAUACUUUCCUUGGAGUGAUCGGCUCUGAAGAUUGCUUGAAAGUAAAUAUAUACGUACCUGCAUUUCCAAAAGCGAAACCUCACGCAGUUAUGGUUUAUAUCCACGGAGGCUCAUUUAUUCUGGGAAAUGGAGGCAAGCUUAUCUAUGGACCGGGUUUUUUAGUACAAAAAGAUGUCAUAGUAGUCACGUUUAACUAUAGACUUGGGCCCCUCGGUUUUUUAUGCUUAAGGAUAAAGGAAGCUCCAGGAAACGCUGGGUUGAAAGAUCAAAUAGCUGCGUUGAAAUGGGUUAAGGAAAACAUCGCUGCAUUUGGAGGCGAUCCUGAUAACAUAACAGUAUUUGGCGAGAGUGCUGGAGCUACAUCACUUUCGUUGCUAUUAUUAAGCGAAGCUUCUGCUGGAUUAUUUAACAGAGCAAUAGUUCAAAGCGGAUCGGCAUUUUCUAACUGGGCGAUAAACAGAAAACCUGAAUUUGUUGCUAGUUAUCUUGUAAGCAAACUUGGUUACAAUACAACAGAUCCAAAAGAAAUAUACGAAAUAUUUUCUAAAAUGAAUUACAAAGAAAUAACUUCGAUAAAUGCAGAUACACCUAUUGAUCUAUUUUUUAAAACACAAAUUCUUUUAUUACCGUGUAUUGAAGCUAAAAUUCCAGGAGUUGAACCAAUUUUAACUGACUUACCUUACAAUAUUAUCACACGAAAUCCGAAGAAUAUUGAUAUUAUAUACGGUAUAACUAGUAAUGAGGGUUUGAUAGUAAUAGCAGAGGAGACUGAUAAGAGUAUUAGAGAUAGGAGUGUGCGUCAUUUAUUGGGAUCAGAUCUUAGUUUUGAUUCCGAAAAUGAAAUGAUCGAGGUAGCAAAUAAAAUACACAAAUUUUAUUUUGGUGAAGACGAAAUUUCCUUAAAAAAGUACGUAAAUGUUACAAAUUUAUACUCGCACUUGUAUUUUGAGAUGCCAGCAAUUUUAGAGAGCGAGUACUUUCUUCAAAACGCAAAGUCAAAAGUGUAUAACUAUAUUUUUGAUUACUCUGGUGGGAGAAAUGUUCUAAAACUUCACAGUACCUAUUGGAAUGAACCUGGUGCUAGUCAUGGUGAUGACCUAUUUUAUGUUUUCAAAGGAAACCUAGUUCCAUAUACUCUAUUUGAAGAAGAUAAAAAAGUUAUUCACUUUAUAACGGAGCUGUGGACAAACUUCGCAAAAUAUGGUAAUCCAACUCCAGAUAACAGCGAGCUACCAAUAAAAUGGUCACCAAGCACAAAGGAAAGAUUAAAAUUCUUAUACAUCGACAGUAAACUAAGGAUGGGUCCAAUGCUGAAUCCUGAGGCCUAUAAUUUGUGGAAACAUAUUUGUGAGAAACAUCGAAAUUUUAAAAUAUAAAAUUCAUAAUUCUUUAA